UAAUUUUUUCCUCUUCAAAUAGUUGUCGUCUCCAAUGUAGUUGGCCUGAUCAUUCCUUUGUAAUAACCAUCUUCCAGUGCUUCCACUCUGUCUCUUGUUCUUCAAAUCCUUUCAACACAAAAAGCUUCUCUGUUUUUUUUUUUCCUUUUACGUACCAAUCCAUGCACUGCAAUAAAGAAAAUAAAAAAACUUUAGAUUGCUCGUUCAUAACAAAGAUUAAAACUUUAGAUUGCGGGUUUUGAUUAGUGUUCUAACUUCUAAGUGAGUUGCGGAGACUCAAAAUCAUGGGUGUUUCAGAGAUUAAAUCGCCGGCGAGUGAAGCUCAAACUCCGGCAAGAUUUUCCGACAACGGAGGCUCCAGCUCGUCCGUACAAAGGAAGAAGCUGAAUGUGUUCUUCAUAGAGUCUGAUAACAGACGUUCGGCUCUUGGCCGCGGAUACACCGGAGGAACAACUCCGGUGAACAUUCACGGAAAACCCAUCUCCGAUCUCUCAAAAACAGGCGGUUGGAUCGCCGCUCUUUUCAUCUUCGGAAAUGAAAUGGCAGAGAGAAUGGCGUAUUUUGGGCUGUCUGUGAACAUGGUGGCAUUCAUGUUCUACGUAAUGCAUAGGCCAUUCACCAGUUCAUCCAAUGCCGUCAAUAACUUCCUCGGCAUUUCUCAAGCUUCCUCUGUUCUUGGAGGGUUCUUAGCCGAUGCAUACUUGGGUCGGUACUGGACAAUCGCAAUCUUCACCACGAUGUAUCUCGCUGGUUUGAUAGGUAUAACACUUUGUGCCUCGUUGAAGAUCUUCGUACCUGACCAGACCAACUGUGAUCAGCUCUCGUUGCUCCUCGGAAACUGUGAACCAGCGAAACCGUGGCAAAUGUUGUACCUUUACACGGUUCUGUACGUUACAGGUUUCGGAGCUGCGGGUAUAAGGCCUUGUGUAUCGUCGUUUGGAGCAGACCAGUUCAAUGAGAGAAGCAAAAACUACAAAACCCAUCUCGACAGGUUCUUCAAUUUCUUCUACCUGUCGGUAACCUUAGGCGCAAUCAUAGCCUUCACUCUGGUAGUGUACAUUCAAAUGGAACUUGGUUGGGGAAUGGCGUUUGGAGCUUUAGCCAUAUCUAUGGGGAUUUCAAAUGCUCUGUUCUUCGCUGGCACGCCGCUUUACAGGCAUAGAUUGCCCGGUGGCAGCCCUUUGACAAGGGUGGCUCAGGUGUUUGUUGCAGCCUUCCGCAAACGCAAAGCCGCUUUCACAAGCAGUGACUUCAUCGGUCUGUAUGAGGUUCCAGGAAUCAAAUCUGCCAUUCAGGGAAGCCGUAAAAUUGCUCAUACUGAUGAUUUCAGAUGGCUGGACAAAGCAGCACUUCAGCUCAAAGAAGAUGGGUUGGAGCCAUCUCCAUGGAAGCUCUGCACAGUGACUCAAGUAGAAGAAGUGAAGAUUCUGAUCAAACUGAUUCCGAUCCCAGCCUGCACCAUAAUGCUGAAUCUCAUCUUGACAGAGUACCUGACUGUCUCGGUUCAACAAGCUUAUACACUCAACACACACAUCGGAAACCUCAAGCUUCCUGUGACGUGCAUGCCCGUAUUUCCCGGCCUCAGCAUUUUCCUCAUUCUCUCCCUCUAUUACUCCGUCUUCGUUCCCAUCACCAGAAAAAUCACCGGCCAUCCUCACGGUGCUUCACAGCUUCAAAGGGUGGGCAUCGGCCUAGCAGUUUCGAUCUUAUCGGUAGCUUGGGCUGGACUCUUCGAGAACUACCGGAGAAAUUACGCGGCACAACAAGGUUUCAAGUUCAACUUCUUAGCCCAGAUGCCCGAUCUAAGCGCCUACUGGUUGCUGAUUCAGUACUGUUUGAUCGGUAUAGCUGAAGUUUUCUGCAUUGUGGGUUUACUUGAAUUCCUCUACGAGGAAGCUCCUGAUGCCAUGAAAAGUAUAGGGUCGGCUUAUGCUGCUCUUGCCGGUGGGUUAGGCUGUUUCAUGGCCAGCAUUCUGAACAGCAUCGUGAAGGUAGCGACCCGUAAUGCAGACGGGGUUUCAUGGCUAUCGCAGAACAUAAACACGGGCAGAUUCGAUCUUUUGUAUUGGUUGCUCACUGUCCUGAGCUUGGUGAACUUCAGUGUGUUUCUUUGGUCUGCACAAAGAUACGAGUACGGAGCUGUGGAAGGCGAGGAAGAACAGACCAAAACACAGAAAUAGUAUAAUAAUCUGUACUGAGAUUGUGUAAUAAAACCCUUGUAUGUUUCAAGACAUGCUUCCUUUCCAUCGUGCCUUGUGGAAAUCAAAGAGAGGAAAAACCAGAAUGCAAUCCAAAUACCGCUCAAUCA